AUGGCAUAUCGUUCAAAUGAUGGAUUUAAUUUCUCAUUGAAAGGAAAUUCUGUUCAACCAUCUGGAAAUUUAUCUGCACGUCCAUCUAGUGCAAGAAAUCAUUCUCAAUCAAAACAACCGAUUAAUCCUUCAAGAACAGGUAGUGCUAGAGAUCAUCGAAUCAAUACGAAUAUAAGUAGUGCUCGACAAAGACGACAUAGUAAUAGUGGUCAACGACCUGCUUGGCUUACAUCACCAACACCAGAUGUUAAACAAUCUACAUCAAUAUCAUCGAAUGAAUUUCGUAUAACAAAUUCUCAACAUGAUGAUGUCGAUGCAUUUUUUACUGAUCGUGAACAACAACAACAACAACAACAAUAUUCAAUAAAACAAAAAACUGAUGACGAUGAAUGGGAUGAUACACGUCGUUGGAUUGAUGAACUUGAUUUAAAUACUUCAUUUAUUCCACAACAACAAAGUCGUGGUGUUGGUCCAAUAGGCAUGUCACGUGAUAGUAUUCAUGGAGGUACAAUAUCAGGUAAUAAUCUUCUACAAUCAAGUCAUAAUCGACGUGGACAACAUAUGUCAGCAUCACAAAUAGCUGGUAUAUCACAAGCAACACCAAUUGAAGUUGAUUUAAAAGCGAAAAUGGCUUCAAUAACUAUUCAACGUUGGUAUCGAAAAAUUCGAAUGCGACGUAAAAUGGCUGAAGCUGCAUUAAAAAGAGUACUUGAACAAAAAAAAGUUGAAUAUCAAGCAUCAAUAGAACGAACAAAAGACUUAGAAAAAUUAUCUUUACUUGAACAGAAAAAAAAUCGAGAAGAUAAACAACGUCAAACACGAUUAACAGCACUUAAAGAAGCACAACAACGAAGAAAACAACAAUAUGAAAAUCAUACUAAACUCGAUGAACGUCGUCCAUCAACACCUAAUCAUCGACCAUCAUCAGCUAAACAUCGAACAAAUCCUGGUUUAUCACCAUUACCACCAUCAUCAUAUGUUGAUGAAAAAAUCACAUCUCCUAACUCAACAACAUCAUCUUCAACAUCAAAAGUAACAUUAACUGAUGUUUACGAAACAUUAAGAAAAUUAGAAGAAGUCGAACAAUUUCCUAUUCAAUCUACACUUGAAAAUGAUUCAGCUUAUUUAAUCUAUCCAACGUCAGUUUCAUCUGUUAUCGAUGAACUACCACCACCACCACCUCAAGCUCCAAAUCGUGUUGAUUCAAUUUUAUCUUAUUUAGAUGAAGCUAAUCGAAAUGAUGUCAUUGUUGAAAGUGUUCGAUCACAAAAAUCGACAACACGUGAAAUAUCAACACCUGCUACAGUUCGUUUUACAACUCCACCUCAAUCAACUCGACAACAACAACAACAACAACAACCAAAAAAAUUAUCACAAUCAGUUUCUAUAACUCAACAUCGAGCAUCACCAUCGGUUGAUCAACAAGCUAAACAGGGAACUAAAAUUACAACACCACAUAAAUCUUUAACGGCUACUGUUCAACCAGUAAAAUCAGCUGAAGAAGAUAUUGAAGAUGAUGACAGAGAAGCAACUCGAACAGCUCAAGAUGUUACAGAAACAGUUUUACAAUUAAGAAUGGAUAAUGAAGAAAAACAACGACAAUUAAUUAUUUUUCAACAACGAUUAAAUCAACAACGUGAAUUAAAUAUUCGUCAUGCAAAAGAAUCCGAACGUGAAUUAGAACAUCGUUUACAAUUACAAAAAGAUGAUUAUGAAGCUACAAUUCAACGUCAUUUAACAUUUAUUGAUCAGUUAAUUGAUGAUAAAAAGAAAUUAUCUGAACGAUGUGAACGUCUUGUUGCUGAAUUGAAAACUAUAGAUAAAAAAUCUAGUGAUCGUUUAAAAAACAUGGAAGAAUCUCAUCGAAUAGAAUUACAAAAAUUAAAAGACGUUCAUGAAGCUGCUGAAAAAUUACGACGUGAACGUUGGAUUGAUGAAAAAACUAAAAAAAUAAAAGAAUUAACUGUACGUGGUUUAGAACCUGAAAUACAAAAAUUAAUUGGUAAACAUAAAGCUGAAUUAGCUAAAAUGAAAACAGUUCAUGAAGCUGAAUUAUUAGCUGCUGAUGAACGUGCUGCACAACGUUAUGUUCGUAUGACAGAAGAUUUACGUGAUCAAUUAGAACGUGAAAAAGAAUCAGCUAUUGCUCGUGAACGAGAUUUAGCUCGAGAAAAAUAUGAAAAAGCUAUACGUGAUGAAGAAAAAUCAUUUACUGAACAACGUCGUCGUUUAUAUACAGAAAUUGAAGAUGAAAAAAAUCGUCAAGCUGAAUUAGCAGCUAAACAACGUGCUGAUCUUGAUAAACUUCGACGUGAUAUUGAAGAUAAUCAUCGAACAGCUGUUGAUGCUGCUAAACGUGAAUAUGAAGCAAUACGUUUAGAACAAGAACGACGACAUACAAAUGAAAUAAAUGAAUUAAAAGAAAAAUUACUUUUAGAAAAACAAAGUUGGGAAGAAAAUUAUAUGAAAAAACAAGAAACAUUUUUAACUAGUAAAGAACGUGAAUUACGAGAACAUAUGAGACGUGAACGUGAUAAAGAAAUAGAAAAAAUUAUUUCACAAUUUGAAUCAGAUACAACAAUGACAAAAGAAGAAGCGGAACGUACAGCAGAAAAUCGUGUUAAACGUAUUCGAGAUAAAUAUGAAGCAGAAUUUCGUGAACUUGAACAUUCAGAAAAACAAACUAAAGAAAGAUAUAAUCAAAUAAAAUCACAAAUAACAGAAGUUGAAGGUGAAAAUGAAAGAUUACUAGUUAUACUGAGACAAAAAGAAACAGAAAUUAAUGAUAUCAAAAAAAUCACUGAGACAUUACAAAAGGAACGUGAACGUUUAUCGGAUAUUAUUCGACAAGAAUUUGCUGAUCGACUUGUAUUAACUGAAGAAGAAAAUCGUCGUAUCAAAGGUGAUAUGGCAGAAUUACGUGCACGACAACAAAUAGAACUAGACAGGAAAAAAGAAGAAAUUGAAUUGUUACAACGAGAAAAAGAAAAAGAAUUAGAAACUGUACAUGAAAAAAUAAAACAAGCAAUUAGUAAAAAAGAUGAACAAGUUCAAGCGUUACGUGGUCAAUUCGAAGCUGCAGUUAAACGAGCUGAUCAUCUUGAAGGUUUAUUAGCACAACAAAGAAAACUAAUUGCUGCAGCACCUUCAAAUAGCAAUAGUGCAUCAAAGAAAGCACUACCAUCUUGA